GAACGAAGGUCCUCUUCUGCGCGCAUCCUGACCCCUUCGGCCAAACUCACCUGGGCCGGUCCGACCGGGUGCUUGCCAUGGUUUCUGGCCGGUCACCGAACCAGAAAGUCAAGACUCUUCUGGAGAUCAAAGACGCUGCGAACGCCUUGCUGGAGGAGGGCCACGCGCAGGAAGCCGCAGAGCAGUAUUCCAUCGCGUUGCUGAGACUAAAGGAAUUGGCCCAAGAGGUCCAAAGCGGAGAGUCUGUGACUCUGAAGGCCUUGUUGUUGGCCAACCGAUCCCAGGCCAACUUGAAGCUGGAAGAUUGGGAGCAGGCUCUUGCGGAUGCAGAGGCCUGCCUUGCCAUUCAGCCGGACCACCCUAAGGCCUUGCACCGCCGCAGCGUGGCCAAGGAGGCGCUGGACCGCGCGGCGCAACGCCGGAGCCACGGAGAGGCGCUCAAGCAAGCGCUCUUUUGCAAGAGUGCGGGGAACCAGCUCCUGGCGGAACGGCACUUUGAGGCAGCGGGCCAGAGAUACUCUGAAGGCUUGGAAUGGCUCGAAGAUUUGGAGCUCUCAGGCCCGGCAUUGGAGGUGCAUUUGGCUUUGUUGGCCAACCGUUGCCAAGCUUCUUUGAAGCGUAGCCGCUGGUCCGAGGCGCUCCAGGAUGCCGAGGCCGUCCUGUCCCGGGAGCCUUCGCACGCCAAGGCGCGCUACAGGCGUGCCAAAGCCUUGCUGGAGCUGGGCCAAUGUGAGGAGGCGACCUUGGCGGUGGAAGAGUUGGAUGCCAGCAACGAGGACGUCGCCGAACUCCUCCGCCGCCUCGCCGCGCCGGCCGAACGCCGCCCCGCGGCCGCGGGACACGCCUCGACGGUGGAGACGGUGGAGGCGGAGACCACAGAGCUGGUCCGGGGGCGGCACACCGUCGUGGAGCGGCAGGUGGAAGAGGAUGCAGAGGCCAAACGCCUCUGGAAGGAAGCUGAGAAGGCUUGGGCGCGCCAAGACUACAGGCGUGCGAUCAGCUUCGCUGAGGGUGCGCAGUUGGAGCUGGAAUGGUUGCGUGCUGAGGAGCAACGGGAGAAAGCCCGCCCACUCGCACAGCAACUGCUAGCAGUGCACGUGAUGCAGGUGCGCUGCCACGUGGCUCUGCGGGACUUCGCCACGGCACGCGGGUGGGCCCUGAGAGCCCUCCAGUUCCACCGCCACGAGGAGGAACGGCUCCAAGAGACCUUCGGCAUGGCCCACGCCUUGAGGAGCUCCGCCCCACUGCUGGAGACUAUGGAAGCUGUAGCGAUGGGAGUUGAAGCUUUACACUCCUUCUCCGCACCGCUGGAGCCGCACCUCAAGAGUUUGGAGCAGGCUGACUUUUGCAGCCCCUUGCGUGCGGCGCUGCUGGCGCGCCGUGCCCAGUUGGGGCGAGGAGCGGAGGCCGAGGCGGAUGCACGCCGUGCGCUGAUGUUGGAUGCCAACUGCCGAGACGCACAGGAAAUACUUCGAAGACAUAAACAAGGAUACAAUAAUGAAUAACGACAAUGAAAAAUACAUUCAAAAUAAACAUUAUGAUAUUGUAUGUUCAUUAAAUUGAAAAAAAAAUAUAAAUAAUAUAUUAAUAAAUAUAUAAUGAUUUACAUGUAAAAUAUAGUUAUUCUAUUGUUGAU